AUGGAAAUGGGGUCGCAGGUACAGGAGCUAGAGGAGAACUACCAGAGGGCAUACUCAGAGGCACUCGCCGCAUUCGGGAACGGAGCUCUCUUUGUGGAGAAGUUCAUCGAGAAGCCACGUCACAUUGAGGUUCAGAUACUGGGCGAUAAGUACGGCAACGUGGUCCACCUAUACGAGAGGGACUGCUCCAUCCAGAGGAGACACCAGAAGGUUGUGGAGAUAGCUCCAGCAGCUCAGCUGGAUCCACACCUGCGGGACAGACUGACCGCCGACUCCGUCAACCUGGCCAAACAGGUGGGCUACGAGAACGCCGGCACAGUGGAGUUCCUGGUGGACAAGCAUGGCAAGCACUACUUCAUCGAAGUGAACUCCCGCCUGCAAGUGGAGCACACGGUCACUGAAGAGGUCACUGACGUGGACCUGGUGCAUGCCCAGCUGCACAUCUGCGAGGGCCGCAGCCUGCCGGACCUGGGCCUUAAGCAGGACAACAUCCGCAUCAACGGCAGCGCCAUCCAGUGCCGCGUGACCACCGAGGACCCGGCCCGCGGCUUCCAGCCCGACACGGGCCGCCUAGAGGUCUUCCGCAGUGGAGAGGGAAUGGGCAUCCGGCUGGACAGCGCCUCUGCCUUCCAGGGUGCAGUGAUAUCGCCUCACUACGACUCCCUCCUCGUCAAGGUCAUCGCCAGCGGCAAGGACCUGCCCACAGCGGCCGCCAAGAUGAGCCGUGCACUGGCAGAGUUCCGCAUCCGCGGCGUCAAGACGAACAUCCCCUUCCUGCAGAAUGUCCUGAGCAACGACCAGUUCCUCUACAACACCGUGGACACACAGUUCAUCGACGAGAACCAGGAGCUGUUCAACCUGCGGCCCGUGCAGAACCGGGCCCAGAAGCUGCUGCACUACCUGGGUCACGUGAUGGUGAACGGCCCGACCACGCCCAUACCUGUCAAGGCCAAGCCAUCACCCAUUGACCCUGUCGUGCCCAUGGUGCCCCUCGGCGAGCCGCCGGGCGGCUUCCGGGACGUGCUGCUGCGGGAGGGCCCCGAGGGUUUCGCGCGGGCAGUUCGCUCCCACCGCGGCCUCCUCCUCAUGGACACCACGUUCCGCGACGCGCACCAGUCGCUGCUGGCCACGCGCGUGCGCACGCACGACCUCAAGAAAAUCGCCCCCUUCGUCGGGCACAACUUCAGCAACCUGUUCAGCGUGGAGAACUGGGGUGGUGCCACCUUCGACGUGGCCAUGCGCUUCCUGUACGAGUGUCCCUGGCGACGAUUACAAGAGCUCCGGGCCCUCCUCCCCAACGUGCCCUUCCAGAUGCUUCUGCGGGGUGCCAACGCCGUGGGAUACACCAAUUACCCCGACAACGCCGUCUACAAGUUCUGCGAGGUGGCCAAGGAGAACGGCAUGGAUAUCUUCCGCGUUUUCGACUCUCUCAACUACCUUCCCAACAUGAUCCUGGGCAUGGAGGCGGCGGGGGCAGCGGGGGGGGUGGUGGAGGCUGCGAUCUCCUACACGGGCGACGUCGCCGACCCCAUGCGGCAGAAGUACUCGCUGGAAUACUACCUGGACCUGGCUGCGGAGCUGGUUCGGGCCGGGACACACAUUCUAGCCAUUAAGGACAUGGCCGGCCUGCUGAAGCCCACGUCGAGCCGCCUGCUUGUCGGUGCCCUCCGCGACCGCUUCCCGGAGGUGCCCAUCCACGUGCACACGCACGAUACGGCGGGAGCGGGCGUGGCGGCGAUGCUGGCGUGCGCCGAGGCGGGGGCGGACGUGGUGGACGUGGCAGUGGACUCCAUGGCGGGCAUGACGUCGCAGCCCAGCAUGGGGGCAGUGGUGGCCUGCACCCGUGGCACAGAGCUAGAGACUGGCGUGAGCCUGGAGAAGGUCUUCGACUACAGCGAGUACUGGGAGGCUGCGCGGGGCCUCUACGCCGCCUUCGACUGCACAGCCACCAUGAAGUCGGGCAACGCCGACGUCUACGAGAACGAGAUCCCCGGCGGUCAGUACACCAACCUGCACUUCCAGGCCCACAGCAUGGGGCUGGGCCACAAGUUCAAGGAGGUGAAGAAGGCGUACGUGGGGGCCAACAAGCUGCUGGGCGACCUCAUCAAGGUGACCCCCUCGUCUAAGAUCGUGGGCGACCUGGCGCAGUUCAUGGUGCAGAACUCGCUGACGCGCGCCGAGGUGGAGGAGCGGGCCGACGAGCUCUCCUUCCCGCUCUCUGUGGUGGAAUUCCUGCAGGGGUACGUCGGGAUCCCCCACGGGGGCUUCCCCGAGCCCUUCCGGUCUAAGGUGCUGAAGUCCCUGCCCCGUGUGGAGGGCCGCCCCGGGGCCUCUCUUGCCCCCAUGGACUUCGACGCCCUGGAAAAGCGGCUGCGGGCAGCGCACAGUGAUGACAUCACCCCCGAGGACGUGAUGUCGGCCGCCAUGUACCCGAAGGUCUUCCAGGAGUUCCGCGAGUUCACCAACACCUUUGGGCCAGUGGACUGUCUGAACACGCGCCUCUUCCUGGAUGGGCCCAAGAUUGCUGAGGAGUUUGAGGUGGAGCUGGAGAGGGGAAAGACUCUCCAUAUAAAAGCCUUGGCUCUCGGAGACCUGAACAAGGCCGGCCAAAGGGAGGUCUUCUUCGAGCUUAACGGUCAGCUCAGAUCCGUCCUGGUCCGGGACACCUUGGCCAUGAAGGAGAUGCACUUCCACCCCAAGGCCCUGAAGGAUGUGCGGGGCCAGGUGGGCGCCCCCAUGCCGGGGAAGGUGGUGGAGGUGAGGGUGAAGGCCGGCCAGAAGGUGGAGAAGGGCCAGCCGCUCUGCGUGCUCAGCGCCAUGAAGAUGGAGACGGUGGUGAACUCGCCCCUGGCCGGCACCGUGGCCAAGAUCUACGUCACGCCGGACAGCAGUCUGGAGGGUGACGACCUCAUCCUGGAGAUCACAGAGAAGGACCAAACCCCCACCAGCAGGACCGGAGAGACGGCAGAGAGCGGUCAUUCUCCUCCAGUCUUUUCUCCGUGGAAGAAGCGCGCACAGCUAAGUGUUAUUGCCGUAAUGGCUCCCUAUUAAACCAAGGGAGAGCUAA